GGAGGAAAAGAGGAGCAAAACCCUUACAUUACAAAGUCCCCCAAAUAGAACUAUAUUCGUGACCUUGUAAAAAAAUGACAAUUUUAACAGGGGGUGAAUAUGGGUGCGUCAAUCCGCUGAUCCGCUACAUUUUCGGAGCAAAUCCGUGGAUCGGCAGAUAUUUUUAGAUCCGCAUUGUUUGACAGAUAAACAAUAGCAUCCAUUGAAAUUCAUUUAAAACCCGAAAUUGGACCGUUAAACAGUCAAAAUCCGAAAUCCGCUCCCAAAUUGUCGACAGAUCCGUGGUACGCCGUAUUUCCAAAAUCCGCCAAUCCGCUGAAAUAAUCAUCAAAAUCUAUAAUCCGUGAGCAUUUAGGGGCCGAAUCCGCUGAUCCGUUGACCUAUUCCACCCAUCCCUCCUAACACCACACGUUCAAAAAGAUAAUCUCACAAUGAUACAUAGAGGCUUGGUGAGCUGGUGAGAGGCCGAUAUAGGAAACUGGUGAGAGACCAAUGACUAGUAAAUCUGGACUGGGAGAUAAAAAUGCCAAGAUGGCGAAUAUAGAAACCGGUAGUAAAAGGCCAAUUGCUGUAAAGCUGGACUGAGAAAUAGAAAAUGCCAUGAUGGCCAAUAUAGAAGCCGGUAGUGAGGGGCCAACUGCUAAUAAAUCUGGACUGAGAUACAAAUGCAAAGAUUGUGAAAUGUAACGCUACCAGUUUCUUUGUCGUAUCCCGGUAUCUGGUUUUGUGCCCUACUUUGCUCAACUCUUACUACCCGUUAUGUUUUUAUUCAACGCGCCAAAGCCAAACAGGUCACACGUGAUAAUGUUUUUGACACGAUUCCUUGCUAUUCGCCGGCCAAACUUACAAUAAUCACGUUCAAGCACGUCACACUGAAGUAUAGAACAAACACACACAGAAAAGAAACAAACUCGCGGUGAAUGGGUGAUAACGAGAGGGAAUUUCACGUGUUUCAAAGGAAGCGAGAAAUAAAAAGACGAUUUUUCCGGGAUAGAUAACACAUUCAUCAAGCAAAGAAGGGAGGUCGAAUGUAGGAGUGAGGCCAUGCGUGGAUUAACGUGGUGUAUUGUUCUCUUGGUGGGUGUACUGCUGAUGAUGCACAGUGGUCAAGGUGUUGAUAAUGUGGACAAGAGACCGCAAGGCAUCAAUGAGGACAGGGCGGAGAAUGCGACCGUCAGGGCUAUUCCAGGAAUCCACGCGCAGCGACGAGGGCCACGUCAUCGCCGACAUCACGUGCUCAGCCGCAAGGACCGUCGUGCAUUGCGGCACCGCUAUAACUCCGUGCUGACGAUAGGCGUGGGCCUGGGCGUGGCCGGGGGGUGGAUUUGCAUCGCUACCCUCGUGUAUGUCGUCCGAUUCAUGAAGGCAAGAGGCGUGGAGAAGAAGCAACUAGAAGGCGAGGGACUCAUUUGAGAAGAAAUUCUAAAGAAAAGAACAUAAGAUAUUCAAAGAAAAUGAGCUGCCCUCAUAAGAAAGGAGAAACUUGAAAAUACAAUAUUCUAAUAACAAAAUAUAUUUCAAGAAAAUUAUCUUCCUUCAAAAGGGAGGUACUCAUUUCACAAGACAUUUAAAGAGAAUAUACAGCUUGAAGUAUUCAUUUGAAAAGACAUUCAAACAAAUAGGUAACCUUCAGUAGAAAGCAAUAAAGCGAUUAAAAAGUAUAUUUCAAGGGAAAAAGUGCUUUCAAAAAAGGGCGAAAGACUCAUGUGGAAAGACAUUCUAAGAAAAAGAACAAAAGACUUUCUAAGAAACCAGACAUCCUAGAAAGCGAAGAUACUAGAAGUAUUUUAGAAAAUUGUCAAGCUUCACUAAGAAAGCAAUUUAAAAAUCAACAAUACAGGUCGCAUAUAUUGGAAACUGAUUUGUCCUGGACGCGUAAUCAGGUGAUAAACAUAGAUUUUGGUUGUAAAAGCACUCAGCGCCUGAAUUUUCACCAUUUCAUCCAGACCAACUCGAUCAGUCGGGGGCAAGGAUUCAUGACAUCUUUGGUUUACAUUAAAUUAUUAUAAGGUAGCGUUUCAUUGCAGUAUUGUAGUAUUUACAUCUCAUCAAAUAUAGAAAUGAUUUAUUGUU